CGCCCUCGCCGCCCCGCUCCGUCCCGUCGGCCAUGGCCAGCUCGGUGGUCGAAAUCCUGGCUUUCCUGCUGGUGGUCUCGGGCUGGGUGCUGGUGUCUUCCACGCUGCCCACCGACUACUGGAAGGUGUCGUCCAUCGACGGCAGCGUCAUCACCACCGCUACUUUCUGGUCCAACCUUUGGAAAACCUGCGUGACCGACUCGACCGGCGUGUCCAACUGCAAGGACUUCCCCUCCAUGCUGGCGCUUGACGGUUACAUCCAAGCAUGCAGAGGACUCAUGAUUGCUGCUGUCUGCCUUGGGUUUUUUGGCUCUGUAUUUGCCCUGAUCGGGAUGAAGUGUACAAAGGUUGGAGGCUCAGACCAAACUAAAGCUAAAAUUGCUUGUUUUGCUGGAGUGAUCUUUAUUAUUUCAGGACUGAGUGCAUUGACUGGUUGCUCCCUCUAUGCUCACCGAAUCACAUCUGAGUUCUUUGACCCCACAUUUAUUGCACAAAAGUAUGAACUGGGAGCCGCUUUAUUCAUUGGUUGGGCUGGAGCAUCGCUUUGCAUAAUUGGUGGCAGCAUAUUCUGCUUCUCCAUUGUUGAAAACAAACAAACUCCACGGAUGGUAUAUGCGUACAACAAACCAGCUUCUGUGAUGUCUACUCGAACCAAGGCCUACUCAGCAGAUUUUAAAGCAUCCAAGAUCCCUCCAAAGCACUUUGACAAAAAUGCCUAUGUGUAGAUGGAUGCUUGAAGGAAUUUUUUUGCUAUUAAGAAUCGUAACAUAUGUGCUGUCCAUCCACAGAAUGAUUUUUAAAAGUGGCUUGGUAUCUUGAGCAUCAGCGGUUUUAUAACUAUUUUAACUGUUUUAUAAAUGAACUUUUGUCUACUCGAUGUAAAUUUUCUUCAUAACUUGUUUUAAGAUUUAUACUAGACAUAAUUUAUAACUGAAAAAUAACUUGCUAUGUUUUGCUUUCUGUAAGAAAUAUAAAUGAAGUCAUUUUGAUUACAGCCAAUAUUGUCAGGGAUCUUCAGGAUCAAACAUAACAGUUGCAGCUUUUAAAUGGAUUCAUCAGGUUUGAAGACCUGCUUUCAAUAACUUGGGACUAAUUUUAAAAGCAUGUUAAAACAGAUAGUGUUAAGCUUAAGCAAGAUCUUAAUAAUGCAUUAUGAAACACCAGCAGUUUUAAUCCCAGUAUCACAAUUAUAUGGAUUAACAAUCCCACACACACACACACCCAAAUACCCUGUAACACAAAAUGGAUUUCUUCCUUAACUUUCCAAAGGUUAAAAUUGGAAUUUUAGAUUUACAUAAGGCAGCUUGUGUUCCACUAGGUAUAAUGAGCAGAUAAAUGUCUCUAUUUCUGAGGAGUUUCUCUCUGUAGUUUCACUUAAUCCCUCACCUUCAAAUUGGUUGAUUUAAAUCAAGGCAGUCUCAGGUAUUGAUUGGAACAAUCAACUGUGUCCCUGAAGAUUUAUCACAUUGCUCUAAAAAUUGAAAGUCUCAUCAGACGACCAAAAUGUACAAUGUAAUAUAUACCAUUUGAUUGUAUCAUUUUAUUUUGUGUAAUAUUUUUAGAUAAUGUGAUUUAGUAUUGGAUUAUUAUUUUUUUGUGCCUGCUGGUCAGAGUUAACGCCUGGCAACUGCCCGUACUAAUACUGCAUAUUUUUUUUGCUAAGGGUUGUUUACCCUUUCCUUCCUCUUCCAAGGAUAGAGUGUGAGUGACUGACCCAAAUUCACCCAGCUGGCUCCUGGUUUCUAGCUUGGUGUCUAACCACACCACCACACUGGUUGUCAUAGUAUUAUAGUACAUAAUUAUAAUUGUAGUGCAGUAGGCAUGUCUUCUUGUUUUUCUCCUGGUGACAAAGCUUCAUUGCCUUGAUACACAUUAUACCGUUAAAGACCAAUCCUAUCCCAUACCUUUUUGUAAAAUAUGAAACAUUGAAAUUUAGGAUCCUCCACAGACAAGGUUUUUUUUUUACUACAGAGAACCACACUGUACAUUUAGAUGUCAGUAAUGAGGAGAGGGAGGGAUGGAGCACACACAUAUUGGUUUCCAGAUAUGCUUACUUGUGCCUAGAAUUAAAAAUACCGAAUGUUUAGGGAAAGAAUGAGGUCUAAGAAAGGAACAGAAUCUUUUAGUCAUUUUUAUGGGACCAGAAAUGUAGCUUUAGUAAUUGUUUUGGAAUAGAAGAAUGGUUAGAAGAACCUUACUGUUUAGUUGGGUUUAAAAUAAACAAUUUCAUUUUUUUAAAAAAAAUCUUAUUAUUUUUAUGCCCUCUGUCCCCAAAUUCAGUUCAAUUUUUGCUUGUUGAAGGGUCGUUUAGGGUUACUAGGGCACAAUCUAUGAAGUACACUGAAGUUAUUAAAUACCCUGAAACGCUUAGUGAGAUUGCAUCUGGUAUAAUCAUUGAUCCACCCGUCCCCUUGAGCAGUUAUUUCUGCACGCUCAAGGCAAAAGGCAAUUUUGCUCUUCACAAGAAGAGGCAGAAGAAGUCAAAAGCAGAGGCAUAUCAUCACCACCUCUUGCAGGCUUGAUAGCAAUGAAAGGUGAGCACAAGGGCUAGGCUAGGUCAGGUUUGACAGGUUACAAAACACAUGAUGAAUGAGUUCAACUUAAGGUGCUGCAAAGCAUUUUAAUGCAUCCUUCCUAUGUUGCUUCAACUGAUCCCCAAGACUGUUCAUGUGACCUGAUAUUAUCCCUAAUAUUCCUGUGCUCACCAUUUGUAUAAAAAUACAAAGCUUGGGUUCUAACACUGUCAACUUCUUUACCAUUAAGGAAAUCUGCUAAUCUUUUCUUAAACUGAGGGGCUCCUUUCACAGAACGGCUGUAUCAAGAUAUGGUUGGGGUUUUGGGUAGGGACUUUCAGCAGGUGUGCAGCUCUAACUUUCAGCUCAUAUGUUAUACCAGAGGAAACUGAAUAGGUGUUGCAGUGUUUCCUAUUAGUACCACUUUAUAAAUCCUUAGAAAAGACCACACCUGAAAUACUGCAUCCAGUUUUAGUCACCACAUUGCAACAAAGAUGUUGAGACUUUGUGCAAAGAAGAGCAACUAAGAUGAUGCCUGGAGACAACUAAGAUGAGGGCCUGGAAACAAAAACAUAUGAAGAAUGGUUUCAGAAAUUGGUUGUGGCCAGUCUUAGGUGGGACAUGAUAGCGGUAUUUCAUUAUUUGAGAUGCUGCCAUAAAGAAAAGUGGGGAGGUCAACUCAUUUUCCAAAGCACCACAAAGCAAGACAAGAAACAAUGGAUGAAAACUCACCAAGGAGAGAAGCAACCUGGAACUAAGGAGAAACUUCCUAACAGUGAGGACAAUUAACCAGUGGAACAGCUUCCCUUCAGAAGUUGUGGGUGCUACGUCACUGGAGGUUUUUAAGGAAAAACUGGGCAGCCACUUGUCUGGAAUGGUAUAGGGUCUCCUGCUUGAGCAGGGGGUUGGACUAGGAGACCGCCCAGGUCCCUUCCAGCUCUAUUAUGAUUGACAAUGGUUCUCACUGGUGGAAUGCCUGUUUUAUCCUGCCUCCUGAGAAUUCCCUUCCUGAGUGACUCUUGUUCCUCCUCAUCUCCCAACCCAGAAAGCAACAAGGAUGAAAGUUGGCAGUGAUGCAAACAGCAAGAGAGUCCAGGAUAGGAGCUGCAUGGAAGUGCCAGGAAAAA